UUUGUAUCUUUUUGCUUGUUCAGGUGAAAUGUAUAGAUCUCGAAUCGAAGUUAGGCCAUUCUUUUGAAAAUGUAAUCCUAAAUAAUGAUUCUAAAAUGGGAAUUAAGUCGCAUCGGCAGAGCUGGUUCAUCUGGAUUCUGUAUGCUACUAUUACCAGUAUGCUAGUCUUAAUAACGCUCGCACCACCAGUGUUGUCUUUCAACACAAUGAAAAAAUCAACUACAAUACGGGAUGAAAACGAAGCAUCUGGUCUGGUUACUCGCUUUGAGGAAUAUGUGGAACCUUGCGGUGGGGUUCUAUUUGCCAACAUAAAUGCGUCUUCGAUCCCAGUACCUAUGCUCGAUGAAGGUGAAACUGUUGAAUGCGCGUGGACAAUUCGAUCUCCACACCCAAGCUUGAUCAUCGGUCUUGCGGCAACACAGGUUGUGGUGAACUACUACAGCCCGAACAACCUUGAGAUAGAUAUAUAUGAUGGAGGGUUACCAGACCCAAAUCGAAAGCUUGCUCACUGGCAUGGCGUCCAUGAUUUUAACAAGAUACUUUCUCCUAUUACAACAACUGGUGACACAAUGUUUAUAAACUACACUUCAACCGGUGAUGUAGAACCUAUGAUGGAGUUAGUAUUUUUAUAUUAUAUAUGUGGAGGUACCAUACAGAACGAUAUGGUGAUACAGAGUCCAGUGUUCAAUGCGCGAAGCGUUUAUGAGAUGCCAGAUUUUCUGCAAUGCUUUUGGCUUUUAGAAACACCCGAUACAGCUUUUUAUGGAUACUUAAACAUUCAGAAUGUCAAACUACCAUUGGUAUGUGAUGUGUUAUCACUGGUUGCACUGAACGGUACUUUAGCUGUCGAUAUAGGAUCAAUGGACAACGAUGCGACGACGAAUACAAGUACAGACGGUGCUAUAUUGUUUACAUCCGAAGACAAUGUUUUAAAAAAAUCAUCGACUAGUUUAAAAUCCAACGAAAAAAACAAAACUAGCGCAGGGCCAAAUAGUAUUCAAAUUUGCGACUCACGCGUAAAAGCAAUCGCUUUUAGUGGCCGCUGGGCGGCGCUCACGUACAGCAUACAACACCCGAAACCCGGGGAAGGGUUUAGUAUUGCUUACUUACAAGUUCGACGUAUGAGGUUACCAAGAAAAAAACACACUGUACCGUGGUACCUUAACUAUGCCCCAGUUGUUAUUUAUCUCCCCCUAGGUAUUUUAUUUGGAAUGGCGAUUAUAAUCGCACAAAGACGAAGACAAGUCAAUGUGCCAAGUCCAAGACGUUGCUACCCAAGAGGCCAAAGGUCUGAAGAUGUUACGGACAUCGAAAUGAGUCGCGUGCACUCAAAAGGACAGCAAGCUCCAAAAAAAUCAAGUUUAAGAAAAGGGAAAAUUGUUCGAGAAUCGGAUAAUAAUGCAAAACUAGAGUGCAAGGAAAGCGAAGUCGAAGCAGAAUCAUUAUCUUUUUUAACAAAAAUGUCGAAAUCAAAAAAGAAGAAUAAAAAGGUUACGUUUCACUAGCGAAUUCUAAGCCAAAAUAAAUACUGUCUUAGUUAUUGCAAUAUCAAAUUUUUUUAAAAGCGUUUUAUCUUUUUGUUUUAAAUAAAAUGCUCCUGUGAA